AUGACUGUUCCCAACGAGAGUUCCGAGGAUGUCAAUGAUUUCCUUCAGCGCAUCCGGGAACUAGGUGAGCGUCGCGACAAGGAAGAUGACGAGCGCACCAAGAAACUAGAGGAGGAGAUCCUGCAGGGGCGGAAGGAAAGGCAAGCUCGGAGAGCUGAGCGUGCACGAUCACUGGCUCUUACCGACGAUUCAUCCCUCAAUACCGCGCGACUGAGCAUUUCAUCUACCAGCCCCCGGUCUAUUGACCCCCGGAACACCUCGAACCAACACCGCAAACCCCGCAAACGCCAGCACCUGAGCCCCCGAUCACGAGCGCGAUGGAUUCGACGGCGCGGAUCGGUCACGGAUUUCGGAUUGGAUUCUCCCUCGCGCACACGGCCACCCUUGUCCCGCAGCCGCGCGGGGACCUUAUCAUGGCAGCAACGCCCGUCUUCGCGGGAUUUCGGCAUGUCACCCGGCUCAACAUCCCCGAAUCGCUCCCCGACUCGCGCAAGCCACUUGAGAAAUUUGUCUACGGCGUCAGAGGAGAAUACAUUAUCUCGACUCCAAUUUGGGUUCCCGCGGCCCACGAAGGAUGCCCCCGUGCUCCCUCCAUCACCGGACCGAGGGGCUGGGUGGUUAGCCCAAAGUGGGAAGGAAGAACAGACGGAUAGCCAAAAGGAUGUUGGUUUGGGACAAAAAGAGCCGGAUGUGGACGAAGAAUCAAGUACCGAACUAGAUAAACUCGAUACAGUAGAGGAGAGAUCAUUGUCGCCUCCGAGAACCGGUUCUCGCGAUAGCAACAUGAGCCAUCGCUUCUCGGUAUCAUCAGUUUCGGCGGGGUUGGGGUCGCCAGUGCACCUGUCAGAGACUACCAAGCUUGAGCCUCGACAGAAUGAUUUCUCAUUUGAGGAAUCUGUGCCGUCUCCAACUCAGCGGCGGAUGUCACCAGAGCGAUCCCGGUCGACCUCACCGACAAAGGGCCUGGGAGGCUUUGUUCAGAGUGCUAUGAUGAGAAGAUCAGAUAGUGUGUCAAAAAGGUGGAGUGCACAAGUUCCGCAGGGACUUGGGCGGUCAAAUUCUAUUGUGUCAAAUCGCAGCAGUGUGGCAGGUCCAAGUUUGACUGAAGCCCCUCCAACUCUUGGACAAAUUGGUCGUGAACCUUCCACUCUCCUGCAACGACCAGGCUCCAGCCACAGUGAGGCAACCACUGAGACAACCGAACGACCAACCACACCUGCGGGUAGAGACAGUGUGAAUUUUGAAAGUCCAGGAAAAUCAUUCCGACCUGGUCACUCUCGUUCUGCUAGCUCUGCUACCGCAGACGGCAGUGACGCUCAAAGUCCCUUUGUCUCGAAAACCAUGGAUCCCAGACGAUGGAGCCCCAGCAAGGCUUCUUGGUUGGAAAGUGCCCUCAACCGACCAGAGCUACCACGACAAACUACCCGACCCCCGCCGCAGCCCAAUUGGGUUAAAGAACGACAGUCGCGAGGUAGCGUGGAUUUAGGACGAGCCAAUAAUUUCAAGGAAGUCACCCCUCUCGGUUUGAUGCGAACACCCCCACCAGGAGCUCAAACCAUACUACCUGGCUCCGGUCCAUCGCUUCCUACAAGUCCUACUAAGGAUGGUGUUCUCGAGUCUCCAUUAGGAUUCCCUCUGAAGAAAGUUGGUGUCGCUGGUCCAUCGCUUCCUGCAAGCCCUGUGAAGGAUGCAGUUCCAGAAUCUCCCUCUGGAUUCCCCUUCAAAAAGGCAAGCGUCUCUGGUUCAUCACUCAACAGGAACUCUGUCUCAGAUCCUCCCUCGGAAUUUCCUUUUAAGAGACCAGCUACUCCUGGAGGGUCAGUCAGCGGAAGCCCGGAAGGCAAGCUCAAAGAAACUGUAGCCGAGUCUCCCUCUGGAUUCCCAUUCAACAAGUCAAGCGUCUCUGGUUCAUCACUCCACAGGAACUCUGUCUCAGAUCCUCCCUCGGAAUUUCCAUUUAAGAGACCAGCUACUCCUGGAGGGUCAGUCAGCGGAAGCCCGGAAGGCAAGCUCAAAGAAACUGUAGCUGAGUCUCCCUCGGGAUUCCCUUUGAGAAAGCCCAUCAGCUCGGCUUCAUCACUCCACAGGAACUCCGUCACAGAGCCUCCGGUAGAAUUCCCACUCAAGAGGCCCAGUGUCUCUGGUCCCUCGUUUUCUGGAAGCCUUGCUAAGGAGACCGUUCCUGAAUCUCCGUCGGAGCUCUCAUCCAAGAGACCCAGUAUUUCUAGUCCCUCGAUUCCUGGAACCCCCGAAGCCAAAUCGAAGGAGACAGUCCCAGAAUCCCCGUCAGAUCUCGGUAGCCCUGAUGUUGAUCAAACAAAAGAGGAAACCUCAGCUUCUCCAUCGCCCGUUGAAGAAGCCCUCAAUGCCCUAACAAGUGGCGCACCGUCGGAGGAAUCUAACUCUGUCCCUCCCUCUGAAAUGGAGAAUGAAUCUCAGGAAUUACUGGCAACUGAGGACUCUGAAGUCGCCCCUGAGCGUCAAUCUACUCCCACUCGCAGGGCUCCUCCGGACUCCUUGAGCCCCAAACCAAACUUUUCAGUCUCUACUUCCUCACGGGUGCCCAUUUCACCCAAGGUGAAGCCACAAGCUCCUGUAGUGGAUUUCCGGGCCAACCUGCGGAAACGGGAAGUCGUUAAAGACAGCGGAAGUGACAAAGAACCGGAAUUCAAAAACAUAUUUGGGCGCCUCAAAAAGACCGAGACCCGCAACUAUGUUGCCCCUGACGAGCUCAAGGGCAAUAUCCUACGAGGCAAAGCUGCCUUGAACACCACCGGUGGACCAAAGAAGACCGAGCGAGUCGAUGAGUUUAGGAAAAGUCUUGUGCUACGCAAAGACGAAAUGAAAGCCGGCGGAGGCUCCAUCAGAAGGAAUACCGCUGGAGAACAGGAUGCGCCACCAAAACAGGCCGAGGUGAUACCAGAAGCAAUUGCUAUGCGACAAAAUAUGGCUCGGGGAAAUAGCAUCAAGAAGACACCUGUGGAUGAGGCGAUCUCGCCCGCCAGAAGCUUUGGUUCUCAACUUUCACAGGACAGACCAGCAAUGUCAUCUCCGACUUCAUCCUUCAAAAGCAUUCCUCCAUCGCGCGCUUCUCAGGACCUACAACUAUCGUCGCCAUUUUCUGCUAAUGAUGAGCCGGGCUGGCCCUUGAAAGAUACCAGUGGCUCGCGAGCAUCUCAAGAAUCACAACUAGUGUCACCGUUCCCUCCCGACGAUCCCAUCGAGGAGGAGCUAGAGGCGGUUCCGACGGCGAGCGACUACAAGCAACUUCCGGAGGUGGUAUCUUCAGCGAACCAGGAGGAACCCCGCAAAACGGUGGCAACAAUCCAGCCUACCACGGUGAAAAUGCAGGAGCCUUCAGUCAAGACACUCCGCCCAGUUCGUCAAUGGCCGCCAGCACCUGUCGCGGAGACUACUACUGUGACUCCAGGUCUGGCAGCUAAAAGCAAAUUGGCAGGCCGAAUCAACCCUGCGCUAGCUGGACUGCUUUCUCGUGGCGCGCCUGCCAUUGACGCACCGAAGAAGCAGCUACCAACGACUGCCUCAGCCCAGAGUGACCCCGCUUCUCCGUCUGCGCCUCUCACGCACAUCACAAAGGGUCGUGCCAGAGGUCCAAAGAGACGACUUCCGCAGACAACAGGUGUCUCGACUACGUCCCCCCAGGACGAUACUAAGGAGGUUGGUGCUAUUUCAUACUCUGAAGACACCCUGUCACACACUCCUAUAAUUCCCGUUGAGUCUUUGGACAUCGAUUCGGAGCACCUGUCGCAGCCUGAUGAAGAACCAGUUCCUGACAUCAAAGCCCCUCAACCAGACAGCCCGAUCACCGAGCAACUCCCGGAGGUGACCACUCCUCCCCAGGAUACCUCCGAACGCGAUACGCCCCAAAGCGGAAUCCCGCAAGCACUUCAGACCCGUUCCCUAACAACGGAUUUCAAUAUUUUCCCCUCCCCCACCCUUGAGGCGACACCCACGAAUCCCGAAAGCCCUGGAGAGGUGAGUUCACCAAGCGGACCACCUGUCCCACCGAAGUCCGAUUCGCCCACGACCCCCUCGCCUGUAACACCAAAGCCACAAUGGGGCCAGCAAAACCGGUUUGCGUCCUCAUCGCCAUCCCCUCUCCAAACAAGUCACAAAGAGAACCAGAUGGAUUCACGUAUGAGCCAGCAGAAGAGCAUCCCCGGUGUCGUCGUCGAGUCAGCACGCAGUUCCCUCUCACGGUCCAUGAGCCAUCCCUCCCCGCCAGUACCCCCUAAAGACGGUGAUGUUAUGCUUCCAAAGCCAACCGACCCGCGCAGACUUUCAAGAAAGAUGUCUGCCCCAUCACUGGUUGCACAAGCUAGUGAGGCACGUGAGGUCCUUGCAGGCUUCUUCAAGACGCCCCCCAACGCUCGAAACCGGAUGGACAUUGAUCCGCAGCUGAUGCUGAUGCGUAAACCAGACGAUGUAAAGAUCAGGACCGUGAAGUUACUUAUCUGGGAGCUCACAGGCGAUGGUAGGCGUCAGGAACUGCCUUCCCACCAGGAGUACAUCCUAUACCAAGGCAGCAUGUAUCUCUGCGUGCACGUAUUCGAGACCGGACGAAGCAGCACUUCGGAAGUAUACCUUUGGCGUGGAGACGAUGUCCCCGACUCCUCGGUGGAGGAUGAACAGCCGUUCGCUCGCAAAGUCGCUCGCGAGAAUAGCUCUAAGUUGCAAGUCAUUCGACAAGGCAAUGAGCCCAAACGAUUCAUCCAAGCGCUCGGCGGUAUUAUGAUCACGCGUCGGGGAUCCAGCUCUCGCCACAAUUCAUCGGCACUCUACAUGCUUUGUGGCCGGAAACACCUGGGCGAGAUGACCUUUGAUGAGGUAGAUUACUCACUGCGCAAUCUCUGCUCGGGUUUCCCUUACGUUGUCUCCGCUCCCUUUGGCAAGCUCUACCUAUGGAAGGGUAAAGGUAGUGGUCCGGAAGAAACCGGUGCAGCUCGACUCAUCGGCAUGGACCUAGGUCUUACUGGAGAGUUUGAAGAAGUCACCGAGGGCGAAGAGCCUGAGGAUUUCUUUGAUAUCUUCGCAGGCCCUAGGGAGGCCGCGCCCCACAUGUGCCAAGUUCACUGGCACCUCAAGCCGAAGUACAAUCACUUCUGCACGCGACUCCUCCGUGUUGACCACGAACCGGUUCUGCCAACUCGUUUCUGGAACAUUCGCCGUCCGGGCUCGGGUUCACCAGUGGUCAAGGCCAACGAUUGCAUUCAGGAAAUCGAGCCGUUCUGCUACCGAGACAUCACUGAGAAAGACGUUUACGUUCUGGACACCUUCUUUGAGAUCUAUGUUAUUAUUGGCGAGCAAGCCUCCCAGAAGUCUGCCGAGUUCACUUCGGCCGUGGUCUUCGCGCACGAAUACGGUAUCCUUGCUACAUCCCUUCAAGACCGACCGUUCAUCCCCAAAAGUUACGUGGCCCUCGGUGGCGUCGCCGACCGCUGCCAAAGCGCAUUCCGCAAAUGGAACCCGCGCAACCAGCAUGCGCCUUUCGUGUUCUCUCUGGACGUUGUUAUUGAGGCGAUUCGAUCACCAGAGAGUGAGUGA